CUAACAAAGAGAGGGUUAUACUAAUCAAAACCUUAACCCAAGGUUUUUAGCUAAUUGAUAAGGCAAAGAAAUUUGAGGAGAAAAAAUGGAAGGAGUAAGCAAUGGAGGGAUGUUGUACCAUGAGGUACAAGAAUCUAAGCUUUGUGCUGUACAUUGUGUAAACACCAUUUUACAAGGUCCUUUUUUCUCUGAGUUCGAUUUAGCGGCUGUAGCUUCCGAUCUUGACCGUACGGAACGGCAGAUGAUGGUUCAAGGUGGCGGCGAUUUUGUUCCUGAAGAGUCUCAUAAUGUUUCCCUUGACGGCGAUUUUAGUAUCCAGGUUUUGCAAAAGGCAUUGGAGGUGUGGGAUCUGCAAAUCAUUCCACUAGACAGCCCAGUUGCUGAGCCGGCUCAGAUUGACCCAGAACUGGAAAAUGCAUUUAUCUGUCACUUGCUGAACCAUUGGUUCUGUAUCAGGAAAGUAAAUGGGGAGUGGUACAACUUUGACAGUCUUAAGGCAGCUCCCGAGCACCUUUCCAAAUUUUACCUUUCAGCAUAUCUGGACUCCUUGAAAGGCUUUGGCUGGAGCAUUUUCCUCGUGAGGGGAAAGUUCCCCAAGGAAUGUCCAAUGUCUUCUUCUGAAGCUUCUAGUGGAUUUGGACAGUGGCUGUUACCAGAAGAUGCGGAGAGGAUUACCAAGUCCUGCAGUGCUGCACAGAGAACAGGUAGCAGAAGUGGUCAAAGUCAGUGGCCUUCUGAUCCCUACCACCAGUACGAGGAACAAGGUACAUCACUUUUAGAUCAAGAAGAUGAGGAUCUGAAAGCUGCAAUCGCUGCCAGCUUGAUGGAUGCUUCCCACGCUGUCAGCAGCAAACCUGAUGAUGCCUUGGAAAAUGAAAAUAAGGACAAUAGUGCAGCUAAUGCAUGACAAGGGGAAACAUUUUACGGUGUUUUAAGCCAAAAAAACUUAUCAACUGUUUUUUCUUUCAUAAUUGCAUCCGAUACUGGAUAGUAGUUCAUAAAUCUGAGGCAUAAACUAUGAUGUUGUUUCUUUUUUUCUUGAAAAAAAAUAUACAGAGUGAUGUUUUUGGAUGGCUGAGCAAGAUUUUUAUACAAUUUGAAAAGAAAAAUGAGAAACUUUGCUCUUCCUGGAA